AUGAACUUUUUCAUUUUCUUAUUCACAUUUUCCAUUAUACUAGGCGGUUGUCAAGUGAAUUCUCAAGAGUGGAAGGUCAGUUCAACUCAAUAGCAAUACUAACUUCACCUUGUUUCUAGACUUCUCUAUUUUCCGUCUCCAAUUCGCAUCCAAUCCCGGGAGUAAGUGCUCAAUGCGCCAAUGACACUGCCACGUGGCUUCACUCGUUACGUGUGCUCUCAGAAGUGAGCCUACAGUGUCUGUUGACCAAGAAAUGCACCAAAAACGAGCUCGCGCUGUUGAAGGACAACUUUUACGCGUUGGAACGUAAGAUUCGGAUGAACCGAUAAUAUUUUCUUCGGUUAAGACAAACUUUUCAGAACUGGAUGCUUGGGGAAAGGUUCCGUCUUCCGGGCUGUUCGAAAUUCCAUUGAUCUUCGAUGGAUCCUACCAGGAAUGUCAAAGAAUCAGUGGGAAAGAAUAUGAGACCAACUAUUGCUAUGUGAUGUUGGUUCCGGGGAAGGUUAGUCUUAAGGGACCACGCAUUCAAAGUUGGCCUUGAAGAAUUCUCAGUCUAGACAUUUGGACAGCGUAUUUGCCACACAAACUUACAGUUUUCACUUGCGAUAACUCUUCAGAAUUCCACGCAUUGCACGACGACCAAAUCCGGAGAACUCGAGCCCAGCACCAUCUUCUUCCGAAGCGCAGUUUGCGUGCCCAAAUCGUGUGACCGCCACGAUCUAUCGCCACUAAUCAAUCAAAUAACGGAUAUUCCGUUUACGGCGUGCGGGGCCGCGUGCUCGAGAUUCGCGGUGGAGAAGACGUCGUCGUGGUGGGCAUUCAGUGCAUUUCUCCUCGUCGUCGUCUGUUUCGCCCUGCUUGCCACGUCAGUCGACUACGUUCGUGAGGCGAUCGGAAUGAAGGAAAGGAAUGAGAAUUGGAUGCUCAAAAUACUGCUCACGCUCUCAUUGUGGACCAAUGCGGAGCUCUUGUUGUCGGUCAGAGAGCACAAACCGGGAUUCAUCAAGUCACUGGAUUGCAUUCGAUUCCUCUCCAUGUUGUGGGUCGUUUCCGGGCACACUAUGGGCACUCUCUUGUUUCCAGGUACUGUACCACCAUACUUGUACAGUAAUCCUGGAAAAGUUGUCAAUUUCAGACUACCUAUUGCCCAUCACGAGUUUCCCGCAACACCUCUGGAAUCACAUUCUCCUCAACGCAUUCGUGUCCGUCGACACGUUUUUCUUGCUGUCUGGCCUAGUCCUAGCCUACCUUUUCUUCAAAAACCGUCCGAAACCUGGUGAAAUCAAGAGCCCAACCACUUGGAUCCUUUUCUACGUUCAUCGGUUCCUUCGGUUAACUCCGCCUUACAUGAUAUUCCUCGGUUUCUACAUUGUCUACAGUGAUUACGUUCAAGGACCGAUGCAAGCAGUGGGUUUGAGUGAGUCCACUUGAAUCGAUUUAUCUCCGCUGCGGGUGGAGAUGUAAAAAAGUGGUCAACUAAUAACAUGUUCAUUAGGAAAUUCUGAACAUUUUAUUAGUUGACAAUGUUUUGAUAGCAACACAGGCGGCUGACAUAUCCUGCUCUGAACUUAUGGCACUUAUACUUGCUUGCUUUUCGACAGAUUCUCAAACGAUCAACGUGAAAUCGUGCAAAUCUUCAUGGUGGCGAAACCUACUGUACAUCAACAAUUUCGGCGACAGUACCCACGCGUGUUACGGCAUCACAUGGUACCUGGCAGUCGACACCCAAUUGUACCUCGUCGCGCCUCUUUUCCUUUUGGCUUUCCAUGUUUCAUUCGUCUGGGGUACGGUAGCAGUUGUGGCAGGCUGUGUCGGCAGUAUUAUCACUGUUUAUGUACUUUACGGAGAGUACGAUCUGCCGGCGGAUCAGUUUGGAAAAGGGUAAGUACUUGUUUAUUGGAGCUCUUUGAAAAAUGCAACAAUAUUUAGUGGUUGUGUUGCAGAAAUCUCGUAAACUUUGGUCGCCUGAUCUACCAGAAGCCGUGGAUCCGCUGUCCUCCGUAUCUGGUCGGACUUUUGGUCGGAUAUUGUCUGGCCACUUACGGAAAAAGGAAAGUGCGACUGAACUGGGCACUGGCGGUCACUGGAUGGAUAAUAGCGUUUGGAAUCGCUGCCGCUUGUCUCUUUUCGACGAAUGAUUAUGAUAAAGGCGCCCACUGGAGGUUAGUCAAUCACAGAGAGUCCCGGAAUUCCGUAUUCCGCAGAAUUCCGCAGAUCCCUAACAUUUCAGUGACUUCGAAAAGGCCACCUACUACAACUUUUCGCGUCUCGGCUGGGCGAUCGCAGUCUCGUGGGUCAUAGUGGCCAAUCACAUGGGAUGGGGAGGUACAGUAAUCCUAUAUAACCGUAAUCCUCAUGUUCUUUUCCCUCCAGGACCCAUCGACGCGUUCAUGUCGCAUCCGAUGUGGCAGCCGUUCGGAAGACUCUCCUACUGCGCCUACAUCGUCCACUUCUUUCUCAUUUCUGCCUACGUCAACAUCGGCGACUCUCCCGUCCACUAUUAUUCGACUUUUCAAGUAGUAAGUCACUGGUCACUCUUGUAAACACGACCUCAAAAUGCGUGGCCUUACAGUGGAUCUACUACGCCGUUCCGAUCACGUUCCUCGCCUACAUUUUCGCCUUUUUCUGGAGUUGUCUCUUCGAAGUUCCCACGCUAAAGUAGGCCAAAAUGUUCAAGUUUUGCGGGGAAAACAAAAAGUGUUUCAGAUUGGAGAAAAUGUUGCUGGAAGCUGUGAUGGGCAGUGGAAAUGGACGAGUGUCGGGGAAAGUGGAAGUGGAAGAGACGGGGAAGACACAACUUUGA